CUGAUUCCUCGGGGCUCCUCCAUUCCACCUUCUGUGGUGCGUUAUGUUGUUGCCCGGGCACUGUCGGCCCAGAAUCUGGUUUAUUGCACACGGGUUUGCGUUCCUUACCCUGUACAACAGCAACUUUACAGAGUGUCAUCUCGCACUGCGGGACCCCUCAGGGGAUGUGGGAGAACCGGUUUCGGUCUGAUCCCCGCCGGCCCGGCAGAGAGACCCCACCUUCAGGAGGGACCCCGCUCACUCUGCAGACGCCCGCCUGCCGCUGUGUCACCCCACGUGCAGCCGGCAGGGGAGUGACCCAGGGAGGUUGGCUCCAGGGCGUGUCCCGCCAGUCUCACCUAGUCCCGCCCCACCGGCCACCACCCAAGACCGCCUGCUUUAGUCCCUGCACUGGAGCCAGCGCCGCAACCCGGAAGACUCAAGCAAGCUGAGUGAUCAUGGCAACAACUCCCACAGUGGCUUUCGAGGCCCUUCUGAAUGGAGUGACAAGUUGGGAUGUCCCUGAAGGUCCCAUCCCGUGUGAACUGCUUCUCAUUGGAGAGGCUGCCUUCCCAGUGUUGGUGAAUAAGAAGGGUCAGGUCCUCAUCGCUGCGUCCUCCUAUGGCCGAGGCCGCCUGGUGGUGGUGUCCCAUGAGGGCUACCUGCUGGAUGCCGGCUUAGCUCCAUUUCUCCUCAACGCAGUGAACUGGCUCCGUCCCUCUCCUGGGGCUCCCGUGGGAGUGCACACCUCCCUAGAACCACUAGUUACCAUCCUGCGGAGUUCUGGGAUUGAGACACAGGUUCAGCCAGAACCGGGAGACCCCCCAGGGGUUUUCUGCAUCAAUGCCUACAAUGAAACCCUGACUGCAGAGCUGGUCCAGUUUGUGAAACGUGGUGGGGGCUUGCUCAUUGGGGGCCAGGCCUGGUACUGGGCCAGUCAGCACGGUCAUGACAAGGUGCUAUCCAGGUUCCCCGGGAACCUGGUGACCAGUGUGGCUGGAGUGUACUUCACCGACACCUAUGGGGACAAAGGCCCAUUCAAAGUCUCUAAGAAGGUGCCCAAGAUCCCACUCCAGGUCAGGUGUGGGGAGGACCUCAGGCAGGACCAGCACCAGCUCCUAGAAGGGAUCUCAGAGCUGGACAUCAAGACAGGAGGAAUCCCCUCGCAGCUGCUGGUGCACGGGGCCCUGGCCUUCCCUCUGGGGUUAGAUGCCUCACUCGGCUGCUUCCUGGCCGCUGCCCGCUAUGGCCAGGGCCGGGUGGUCCUGGCUGCCCAUGAGGGCAUGCUCUGUGCUCCCAAGAUGAGGCCCUUCUUGCUCAAUGCUAUAUGCUGGCUGUCCAGAGGCCAGAAAGGCAAAAUUGGGGUGAACACAAGUCUAAAAAACCUGUGUGCCCUACUGUCAGAGCAUGGCCUGGAAUGUAGUCUGGAGCCCCAUCUGACAAAUGGCUUGGCUGUCUACUGCUGUAAUGCUUACAGUGACAGUCAGGCUAAGCAGCUACAAGAGUUUGUGGCUGAGGGAGGGGGCUUGCUGAUCGGGGGCCAGGCCUGGUGGUGGGCCUCCCAGAACCCGGGCCACUCCACGUUGGCUGGUUUCCCUGGUAAUGUCAUCCUCAACUGCUUCGGCCUUAGCAUCCUACCUCAGUCUCUCAAUCCAGGGUGUUUCCCCGUCCCCACCCCCCAGAUGCGGAGCUACCACUUCCGCAAGGCCCUAUCGGAAUUCCAGGCUGUCCUGAACCAGGGGAGUAGGAACUUGGAAAAGAGCUGGCUGGCAAAACUGCGAGGUGAUGGGGCCGCCUUCCUGCAGAUCCCUGCUGAGGGGGUCCCUGCGUACAUGUCCAUGCACCGACUUAUAAGGAAGAUGCUGCAGUUGUCUGGCCUCCCAGCUGUGAGCCGGAAAAACCCAGUGGCCAGUGAUUCCCUUGAGGCUGCAGUGCUCUGCCUAGCCACUGAGCUGGUACAUUCUGGGACUGACUGUUCCAAGCUGGUGCAGGGUUGGGGAACCAGGACCUGCCACUCCAGCCUGGACUCCUCAGAACACCCCAUUGCUGUGGACAUCGAUGGAAACAACCCAGGCAACGGUGAGUGCUGGGUGAGUACUGGACUCUACGUCCUAAAUGGACAAAAUGCAGAAGUCUCGCUGUCUGAAGCUGUGGCCUAUACCGGCCUGAAGGUACAGAUUGGCUGCCACACCGAUGACUUGAACAAUGCCAGCAAGCUGUCUCGAGCCCCUAUGGUGUCUCACCGAUGGUGUAUGAACAAGACCAAACAGUCAGUCUCUUGCCUCUGGGGUGGCCUUUUAUAUGUCAUCGUGCCCAAAGGCAGUAAACUGGGACCCAUGUCCAUCACUAUUAAGAAUGCUGUGCCUGCCCCAUACUACAAGCUGGGUAAGACAUCCCAGGAGGAGUGGAAGAGCUGUAUUCAGGAGAGCCUGGCUCCCUGGGGAGAGCUGGCAACAGACAACAUCAUCUUGACGGUGCCAACUGAAAACCUCCGGACCCUGGAGGACCCUGAGCCUGUGCUCUGCCUCUGGGAUAAGAUGAUGCAGGCUAUAGCCAGACUGGCAGCUCAGCCUUUCCCGUUCCACCGUCCAGAGAGGAUUGUUGCUGAUGUGCAAAUCUCAGCGGGCUGGAUGCAUUCAGGGUACCCCAUCAUGUGCCACCUGGAGUCGGUGCAGGAGCUCAUCAAUGAGACCAACAUGAGAAGCAGAGGUCUGUGGGGAGCCAUCCAUGAGCUGGGCCACAACCAGCAGCGGCAUGGGUGGGAGUUCCCCCCGCACACCACUGAGGCCACUUGCAACCUCUGGUCAGUCUAUGUGCAUGAGACAGUCCUGGGCAUCCCCAGGGCUCAGGCCCACCCUGCUCUGAGCCCUCCAGAACGAGAGAAGAGGAUCAAAGAGCACCUGAGCAAGGGAGCCCCCCUGUGUAACUGGAACGUGUGGACAGCUCUGGAAACAUAUCUACAGCUCCAGGAGGUCUUUGGGUGGGAGCCAUUCACCCAACUCUUUGCUGAGUACCAGACCCUUCCCAGCAUCCCCAAAGACAACACUGGCAAGAUGAAUCUGUGGGUGAGGAAGUUCUCUGAAAAAGUGCAGAAGAAUCUGGCUCCAUUCUUUAAGGCCUGGGGCUGGCCCAUCCAGAAUGAAGUGACUGAGAGCCUGGCUUGUCUGCCUUGGUGGGAAGAAAACCCCCUGCAAGUUCACAUCCACACUAAGGAAUAAAAUGUACCGAGUCAUUUGGGGACAGGAAUGGCCACUGGCCAGCUCCACCACCCAGGUACCUUGAGCCUGAAUCCUACUUCCUUCCCUGUCUUCAGAAAGGCAGUGAAGGUCCAAAGCCAACUUUCUCAAGAAAAUACUUUGGUACUUCUCUGUAUUGCUUCUCUGCUUAUACUGUCACUCUCUCCAGGAGCUGUGCUUCACCUUCCUAGUCCUCCAGUGGAAGGAUUUUCAUCUUGGCGUCUUGAGGUCCUGCAGGCUCUUGGUUUCUAUUUUUGACCAAUAGUUCUAAAGACCAUGGGUUACCAUAAUAAUCUGAUAUCACUCCCUCACUACUGCCAGCCCUAAACAAGGAUCUUAAUUUCUUGUGCUCUGAGAACUUUUCUAAUAGCAGGAGAGAUAGGCUGUUAUAGUGGAGAGAGUCUUUGACUCUAUGGAAAACCACUUCACUUCUCUGUGCUUCUGUAUUCUUUUUUCCUUCUUCUUUCAAAAUAAAAGUAGUGAUUUCAUAAAUGCUUACCUUUUAAUGUUUGACCCCAGAGCAUAUUCAAUAUACAUCUAAACUUAAAGCCCUCAUAAUGACUCAGGUAUCCAUGACACGGGGAUAAAAAUGUAUUGCUUGAUAAUGGUGAAUGGGUUUGUGCACCAUAAUAUGUACCCAUGUGUAAGGGUGUCCUUAAGCUUUCUCCAGGUCCCAGUUUUGUGUGGACAACCUGAAAACUAAAUCUCACUUCUGAAUUGAUGACCUUGAGAUUAGCAUUCAGUCCUCAUGUAAGAGACUGUAAUGAAUAUCAGUGUCGCUCCUACUGCAUUGUCAAGAUCCUAGCCCAUCCUCUAUCCUUUCUCCUGCCUCUGGAAGGAUUCUUGACUAUAACCUAACCCUGUCAUCAGAAAAGCUCAACUAAAACAUUUUCCACCUCCCUCAAGUCCUCUUAAGUUUGUGAUUAAAGUGAUGUGACCCCUGUCUUUGCUCACAGAGGAUUUGUCCUGGGGCAGACCGUGCUGCUUUCACAUCGUUUUCCUCACAGUCAGUGGGCUCCAUGUAAGUCAUGACAGUGAGAACACAAGCCAGUUUCCCACUGAUGGUAAAGAUAAGAUAGCAGAUGGUCACCACAGCCUCUGCCUCUGGAAUUCCAUGAUUCUGAAACCAUAUACUCUUGUUGUUCUUUUAAUUUUUAUUCAUUGAUUGAUUUUUAGAGAGUGAAAAAACAUUGAUUUGUUGUUCCACUUAUUUAUGCAUUCAUUGGUUGAUUCUUAUAUGUGCCCUGACCAGAAUCUAACCCACAACCUUGGUUUAUAAAAAGGAUGCUCUAACCAAUUAAGCUACCCAGCCAGGACACAUUCUUGAUUUUAAAGAAACCUUUGUAUAAAGAGGGGAAAUUUUGUCAUAAACAAAGAAUUUGGGUUUUUUCCAGCUUUGGAAAGACAGGAAUCUGAUCAGAAUGAUCAAUGGUUGUGUGUCUCCUCUUUUAAAGUCUCAAUUUAAUAACCUAUGCAUACUGUUUACCUGAAGUCAUGCCUCUCAUCAUGCUUUAUUUAAUACUUCUUAUCACAUUUUAAAUUAAUGCUUGUUUAAUGUUCUAUUCCCUCACUAGGCUGUGCAUUUCAUGAAGGCAGGGCUGAGCCUGCAUUUCUCAAAGCCUGGCACAUUAAAAGUUUUCCAUAGGUAUUUGUGUACUCAAUAACGGUAUACAAGACUGAUUAAGGAUUCCUAACUCCUAUCCCCACUAAAUAUCCUAUAGAGUCCUAUGAUAAUUACUGAAAUUCAAAGAAAUUUUCCCAUUAAUCUAGAAGGAUGUUUCUUAUAACUUGAGUCUCUCCUCCACUUUUUUCUAUCUCAGACCUGGCUACAUAAAAAUUUUGAUCAUUUUGGUUGACAGAUUGGAUGAAAGGAAACUUUCCUCUGGUUUCCUCCCCACCCUAUUUAUAUAUUAAAGAUUCAGUGCCAGAAGUUAAUUCCAGCAUGUCAUAAAUGCAAGAAGUUUCAUCAAAAGGUUGAUGGAACCUUGUGGAUUGCCUGCUGGAAAUGGCUAAAGGCAUUUCCCCACACCUAAAGAUUUGCAUAGAUGAUUGCUUGCUGCAAGACAGCUGAGGGCAUUUCAAUCUCCAUGUUAUCGCCUCCUACUGGCCAAACACCUGAACAGCCAUAGGCAGUUCCCCCAAUCUGACAAUGGAUUCUGUAUGCUGAACCUUGCCUUUAAUGUGUAUAUCUACCUUGUCUUAGGACAAUUUGUGUUAAUAAAGAGCAAGGGGUCCGGAGAUUCAGGGGAACUUGGUUUCUUUAACUAAGUCUUCUCUGGCUCCCCAA